AUGUCGGACGUAGGCAAGAGCUCGGCAAGUGCAGCCGACGACGCGGGCGCUGAGCGGCCAGAUGCCAGUCAUGCUGAACGCCCAGAGAGAGAGAGCCGCGAAGAUGACUCCAAGGUGUUACACGCCGCGCGUGACGCGGGGUCGAGUGCAGCGGCGCGCGACUCGGCCGCGGAGGGCGCCCCUGAGAGCAGGCAGAACACGAGCGCGUCAUCGUCGAGCGCGGACUCUCUAGACGCCGAGGAAAUUGCGGCGCAGCUGGCUGCGCUCGGACUGACCGGGCCUCCCGAGCGGGAACCGUUGCUGGAGUCCUUCGACCUCGAGGGCGUUGCAUCGUACAUCGCGGCGGGAAAGGCCAAAAACAUAGUGGUGAUGGUUGGGGCAGGCAUCAGUGUUGCUGCCGGGAUACCGGACUUUCGAUCACCGGGAACCGGACUGUAUGACAAUCUCCAGAAGUACGAUCUUCCACGUCCCACUGCCGUUUUUGAGAUCGACUACUUCCGCAAGCACCCCCAGCCGUUCUACAUGCUGGCAAAAGAACUGUUCCCCGGGCAGUACAAGCCAACGGCGACGCACUACUUCAUCCGCCUGCUGCACGAAAGAGGGCUCCUCAGGCGCUGCUUCACCCAGAACAUUGACUCGCUGGAAGUGGAGGCCGGGCUGCCGAAGGAGAAGCUGGUUGCCGCUCACGGCAACUUCGACUCAGCUGCCUGCAUCGACUGUCGCAAAUCAUACGCGACGGAGGAGGUGCGGAAGUACGUGGAAGAGCAGAGGCCCAUGCACUGCUCCGAGUGCGAGGGGCUCGUGAAACCAUGCAUCGUGUUCUUCGGCGAAGACCUUCCCCGACGGUUCUUUCAGCUGGCACAGCAGGACAUGCCGGCGUGCGACUUGCUCAUCGUGAUGGGCACGUCUCUCGUGGUGCAUCCAUUUGCCUCUCUGAUAGGUCAUGCCAACAUCGACACCUGUCCACGGCUGCUGAUCAACCGAGAGAAGGCGGCAGAGCUCUCAGUCGUCCAGCACGCUGCCGGAGUCAAGGGGGGGUUCUGGUGGGGGGACAGGAAUCACAGGGAUGCGCUGUUCCUGGGAGACUGUGACGAAGGCGUAAGGAGGCUGUGCGCGUGCCUCGGGGAAGACUGGGUGGCGGAGCUUGAGGAACUGCAAGCCUAG